GGAUGCUGCCAGACCUCCUCUGGAAAACUUAAUGGAAAGGCAAGGAACUCAGAAACCAGAGAUGAAUAAAAACCAGCAUGAACCUCCUUAUGAAAUUGAGAACCAGUUUAUAUUGCGUCUGCCUCCGGAACAUGCUGCUACUGUUAGGGAAAUUAUGCAAUCCGGAAGUGUCUCCAUAAAAGAUAAACUAAAAAUUGACUUGUCUUCUGAUGGACGUCAUGCAACUGUUGAGGUGAAAGAUGUCUCACUAACUGCUAAGGUGGUUGACUUGCCUUGCGUUAUUGGAAGUCUGAAGACUCUCGACAAUAAAAUGUUUUAUAAAACGGCAGAUAUUUCCCAAAUGCUUGUGUGCACUGCUGAUGGUGGUCUCCACUCUUCUCCGGAAGAACCUGUUACCUCUACUGAUCUUAAAGUAAUCAAGAAAAAGGAAAAGGGGAGACGGAAAAAAUAUGUCUGGAAGCAUGGCAUUACUCCACCACUUAAGAAUGUCAGAAAGAAAAGGUUCCGCAAAACAACAAAAAAGCUGGUUGAUUUCAAAGAAGUCAGCUUUACUGAGUGCACUGACUCUCCCGAUUCAGAAAAGGAAGUGAAAAGAUUGCUGUGCUCUGAUGCUGAAGCUUUCAAUGUCCGAUGGGAAGUAAUUGCUGAAGGUGAAACCAAAGAAAUUGAAAGUCAAGGCUCCAUUCCAAGCUUUGAGGUGUCCCCAGGAACAAGUGGUUAUAAGCAGGGUGAUAGAUCACCAGAAUAUCAUAUGCUUCGGAAGAUACUCAGUGAUUCUAGCAAUAGCAGUGAUGAUGAGGAGGAAAAGGAUGAGGACCAGGAUGAGGACGAGGAGGAGGAGGAGGAAGAGGAGGAGGAAGAGGAGGAGGACGACGAUGAUGAUGAUGAUGAUGAUGAUGAAGAAUUUUACUAUGAUGAUGAGAAUGAAGAGGCGGAACAGUAUUAUGAAGAGAAUCUGCAAAGGGAGCUACAGGCAAAGUUAAUUGAAUUUGGCCAGUGUAAGACAAAGGAAGGAAUCAGUUCAAUAGUCAUGGAAAUACGGAAGCAUAUUCAUUACAUGGAGAAAAAGCUCCAAGAGAUUCAGUGUAGAGCACAAAGACAAAAGGAUCUCAUCAAGAAAGUGGAAAACCUGACACUCAAGAAUCAUUUACGUUCUGUGCUGGAGCAGCUUGAGUUACAGGAAAAACAAAAAAAUGAGCAGAUAAUUUCCCUACAGGAAAAACUGAAAUUUUUUCUGGAGAAGUGAGGAGAGUCUUCAGCCUUACACAUCCAGAUUGAAGACUGCAUGAAACUGUGCAUGUUUCUGUUUGUUUCAUUGCUUUAUGUUGAAUCAUUUGUA